CCAGGGGGAGGGGGCAAGGGGGAGAGGGGGAACGAAGCCUAACAGUCCGCAUCAAACUUCGGUGACGCACUGAGCCCCGCAGCAAGUAACGCGCGGCUCAGCAAUUCGCGCAGCAAUGGCCUUACGAAUAAAAUAUCGAGAGCGAGCGCACCUGGCAAGUCCUGGUGCGCAGUGCGCGACGGCGCUUGCCACGCCCUCUGGCGCCGCCGACGCGAGCGGCGCCCGGUGCCAGCCCAGACGACCCUCCUCGCCGCUCGCGACGCCGACGCCGGCUGCCCCUCGGAGCAGCGGCCAGACCGCGCGCAAACAGGGCGGCGCGCAAAGGGGCGCGCCACCCGGAGCGGGCGCGGGCAGAGGGUCAGGGUGUAGAGGCGGCUGGCCGAUCCUGGAAUGGCCUCAGCGCCCUCGAUAGACGCCCCCCUCCGCGGGGCCCUUGCCCCGCCUGCGCGCCGCCAGCUGAACGUCGAUGGCCACCAGCAGCAGGAGAAGGAAGAGGAGGAGAAGGAGGAGGAGAAGGAGGAGGAGGCACAGGAUGGCGACGGCGACGACCGGGCCGAGGGCAGCCGCCUCACGCGGGGCGGCGUCAAGCAAAAAAAAAAAGGCCGACCGCGGCCAGAGGAAAGAGGCAUCGCCGACGGGCAUCCAGGAGGCGCCUUCGAUGGAUUCCCUCCUCGGCCGGGCCCUUGCCUCGCCUGCGGCGUCGAGCAACAAACAGAGGUGGCCGACCGUGCCGGGCCAGAGGAAUCGCCAAGGCGACGGGAGGACCGGCCUCGGCAGCAGGGCUGGCAAGACCAGCAAAUUCAAGAGGUGAGGGGGCGUCAGGACAUAGAGCGUCAGGUCGAACACGAAACCGAGAGAGAGAGAGAGAGAGAGAGCAGGAGGAGCAAUAAAGAAGGAUCGGCUGCUGUGCCGGGCGCCCAGGGGGGGCCCUCCGCGGACCUCUGGAGAUCCCCCCAGAGCCGCACAAAAAGAGGGCGAAGAUAGAAGCAGAAGCGCAAAAUGCAUGGGAUGGGAGAGUGAGGGGGAGGAGGGGAGACAGAGAGAGAGAGGGGGGGAGAGCGAGAACAAAGACCGGCGCGCUGCUAAGAGAGGGCCCAGCGGACAGCGCUCAUGCUUGGCCCCGCCCUGGCUGUCAGCGCCGACGAUGCGUACCGCUGAAAACAAAGUGGGAGGGCAUCAACUCGCCUUCGGCCCGCCCUGGCUGUCAGCGCCGUGCCGCGAAAAAACUAAAUGGGUGGGCAUCAGCUCGCCCUCCGUUUAAGAGAACCAAGACUUGAUUGGAAGGAGGCCAGCAAUAUCUAUGGAAACAGAGCUCCGCUGAUGUUCAACUCGAGCUGCCAACCCGCGGCAAAAAGGAGUCGGAGGACCGGCCCUGCCCCACCGCGCCACGUCUGGGUGACCCGCCGCGCGUGGCGUCAGGUCAGGCAUGUCACCCUACA